AUGUUCAGGGUAAUUCAACUUUACAUCCUCAUCCUGGUCUGUUGCUUUGCAUUGAUGAGGACACAGCACCAGCAGCAGAUGGGAAAUCAGUUCCAGCCUUCAUGGCUCUACUCGAUGCCCUGGCGUCCAUUGAUCCUGCCCACAGCUAAUCCUUUGCCUCCAAUGGCGGGGAUUGCCCAACUGAGUCCUGGUUACACGGGUCCACAGACGUUUCCUCCAGUUCCACAGGAUCAACAGCAAUUUAACAUCCCACAGCAGCAGCUUCGGGCACUAGCUCUACAGCAAUAUCCACAGCCAUAUAAGCCCGUACUGGUGGGUCUAUUCACUCCUCAGCUGCAGCCUCUUCCCCUGGCAGCUCCUCCACCGGCUGGACAUUUUGGUCUGCCCUUCAGGUCAUCACCUUUCGCCGGUUACACGGAUGACGAGAAUAGUGAUACGGUGCAGGAGCAGGAACACCAUGUCCAACGACAGCAGCAGCAACUGGAGGAACCUCCAUUCCAUGCCCAUCCCCAUAAUAAGCCAAUAGCUGAGCGGUCGGAUAAGUCAAGGAGUGCCGGAGGAUUUGGGGGAGAGAAGGUUGAAGGUGCAGGAGGAGGUGUCCCACUAAGCUAUGUCUAUUUAUCCCCUAGUAAUGUUUAUAAUCUCGUAAGAACUUAG